AUGUACUCCGAGCCAGCCUUCGUGAUGUGCAUGCCCGGGCAGAGCGCCUGCCACCCACCGCCCGGGCUCUCGCCGCCAACGCACAUCAACAGCGAGCCUUGGAAGGUCGCUGUGGACCCGAAGAUCUUCGACACCCCUUCGCUCUCACAAGGCAGGGUGGGCCCAGCCCACUGGGCAGCUGACGAUUGUGGGAGCACAGAGGACGGGAGUGAUCGAGAUACGACCUCGGAAGGAUCCUCCGUGCAGGCCCAUGGCUCCUGGCGCAGCGAAGCGCAGUGGCAGCGGGAUCAGAAACCUUGGCCACAAGCUGCAAACACCAAUUCGGAGCGGGAACACGCCGCCACACCGAACACAAGUGUCGUGCACUCGACGUGCCGUUGGCACAAGUCAGCAAGCACAGUGGGAUCGAUCUCGACAGACGGCCACGUCUUCACCAAGUCGGCGAGUGGCCAAAAGGUCGUGAUCAACGACCGCGGAAUGCCCAUGGAGCUUAGCUCCAUCUGCAUGGUCUUCGACUCGACUCUCAGAUGCCGAGGUGUGCACACCUACCAGUACACCAUCCUCUCUGGGGAGUUGGGUGCGGCGGAUGGAGCAGGCUUCGUAUUCGACUCGAAAGUUCGCCGCAACAACAUCCAACAGAUGCGCACGGUUUUCUUGAACCAACGAGGGGUCAUCUGCAUUCGCGACCGUCAGAAUGUGCGCAAGCUGAAGGCACAACUGCCACCUUUGGAGGUGGGGCUUUGCUUGACAUUGACAGUGGACUUGAACACCUUGCGCUUGCACUUCGUGGUCUCAGCCCCGGAAGGUGUUGUGGGCUUCGCGGAGGUGUGCUUGGAUGGUCUUUUCGAUCUGACGGCGCAGGCCAACUUCCAGAGCGGCUUUUUCUGUGCCGUGGUGACCAAGGAGAUCAGCGUCUCACUGUGGUGA